GCGGCGUCCCCAGCCGGCGGCCAGUCCUACCCCGAGGGCCCGGCCGCCGCGCUCCGGAAAGCCCAGCCUGGCAGCCCGGGGUCCCAGGGAGUCUGGACCGCGCUCCGCAGCACCUGGGAGAGCCUGUCAAGCCGGUGGUGAACUCCUCAGGGAGGGGCUCCCUCACACCUCACAUUCUUGCAGUCGGUGGGACAGCUCUGCCGCAGACCACGCUGUCUUUACUGGAAGAGAAGUCGGCUUUCCUGUCGCUGUCAUCCACCGACUCCCUGUCUCCCGUCCAGAACCACACGGAGCGAGUUGGCUCUCCUGUCGGGCCAGCCCUGGAGAGAGGAGAGGUGGCCUUUAGGUGCCCCCUGAACUGGUCUUAAUAGACCGGUAUCCUCCAGGUCCCCUGUCGGUUUUCACAUUGGAAGUUUGGUUAAGACACAAGCUGGUUUGCCUGUGUUCAGCUGCCCACAUGACCUCUCCUCUACACCAAGUCUACACCAGGUUGGGGUGAGAAGCAGGACCUCUUUUCGAAGUCUUAGGGGCGUGUGCAAUGUGUUCUUGUUCUCUCUCCCCCUGCCCUAUGUCUCCAAAGCCGUGAGCUGAAGUGUGUGAAGUGCAAGGAAGACCUGCCGGUGGUGGUGAUACGAGCAGGAGAUGCCUUCUGCAGGUGAGGCCUGGAGGAGGAUAGAAGACCUUGGCAAAAGGGCUUGCUCAGAAGCUAGGAUUGCCUUCAUGUAUGUGUGGGUACCAGUCUCCCACCAUUCAACUGUGGAUGAGGAGGCAGAAAGGGACUGUUUCAAGGCAUUCUAUGUCCACAAGUUCAGAGCUGUGCUCGGGAAGAACCGGCUGAUCUUUCCAGGAGAGAAGGUGCUCCUGGCGUGGUCUGGGGGGCCUUCGUCUAGCUCCAUGAUCUGGCAGGUCCUUGAGGGCCUGAGUCGAGAUUCUGCCAAAAGACUGCGUUUUGUGCCAGGAAUUGUCUACGUGGAUGAGGGAGCAGCCUGUGGACAGAGCCCGGGGGACAGAGCCAGAACCCUAGCUGAGAUGAAGCUGAUCCUGCAGACAGUUGGUUUUCCCUGGCACAUUGUUGCCUUAGAAGAGGUGUUCAGCCUGCCGCCAUCCGUGCUUCGCUACCUUGCCCAGGAGCCCUCAGGGACCAAGGGGGCCUACAAAGCAGCCGUGGACAGUUUCCUCCAGCAGCAGCAUGCACCAGCUGAAGGGGAGGAGCAGCUGAGCCAGCCUGGCUCCCAGGACCCUCAGAGCCCAGCUGGGCCACCCACAGCUGCUCAGACCGAGGCUCAGCCACCCACAGCUGCUCAGACCGAGGCUCAGCCACCCACAGCUGCCCAGACCGAGACUCAGCCACCCACAGCUGCCCAGACUGAGGCUCAGCCACCCACAGCUGCCCAGACUGAGGCUCAGCCACCCACAGCUGCCCAGACCGAGGCUUUAUCUAGACUCUUCGACUCUGUGAAGACACUGACAGCCAAGGAGGAGCUUCUUCAGACUUUGCGAACCCACUUGAUUCUGCAUGUGGCCCGGACUCAUGGCUACUCCAAGGUGAUGACGGGGGACAGCUGUACCCGCCUGGCCAUCAAACUCAUGACUAGCCUGGCGCUGGGGAGAGGGGCCUUCCUGGCCUGGGACACGGGCUUCUCUGAUGAGAGGCAUGGUGACGUGGUGGUAGUGCGGCCCAUGCGCGAGCACACACUGAAGGAGGUUGCCUUCUACAACCGCCUGUUUGCCGUGCCCUCUGUCUUCACACCAGCUAUCGACACCAAGGCCCCUGAAAAGUCCAGCAUCCACCGGCUUAUGGAAGCCUUCAUGCUCAGGCUGCAGGCCCAGUUCCCCUCCACAGUCAGCACUGUGUACAGGACGAGUGAGAAGCUGGUCAAGGCCCCAAGGCAUGGCAGUGCUGGUGGCCCCCCAGGCCCCCGCUGCCUGCUCUGCAUGUGCGCACUGGACAUCGACACUGCUGAUAGUGCCACGGCUUUUGGGGCCCAGACUUCACAUCUCUCCCAUAUGCAGCCCCCCACCCCACCAGCUGAGGCACCCACAACACCCUGCUGCUCUGCAGGGGUGGGCAGGGCCCAAGGCUGUUGCCAGGGGGCUGAGCCCUGCAGGAGGGAGGACCCCCGAGCCCACGUCAUCGAGCAGCUAUGCUACGGGUGCCGUGUGAACAUGAAGGACUUGCCUUCCUUGGACCCCCUGCCACCCUAUAUCCUGACUGAGGCCCAGUUCCGUAGCCAGAGGGCCUCGGUUUUGCAGGAGAUGCAGGAGUAUCUGAUUGACAGUGAUGAUGAGGCGCAGACUGGUGAGAGCUGAGCCUCAGAAUGGACCCCUGGGACCACCCGGCCUGGACCUCUGCGAUGCUGGAUCAGGACACAGGGAUGGGCAGGCGGCAUGCUAUCAUCUGUUUGUAUAAAUAAAAAUGUUUUAAUUAAAAAAA